AUGCUUCGGCUGAAUAUGUUAGGCCUUCUCCCAUUUCUAAUGGCAAUGGUGCCACGUGGCGCUGUGGUCGCUUCGCCGGCUCACCGAGCUCAUGCUGUCGGAUGGGAAGAGGUGAUUCUGGAGGUUCAGGAUGCAAUCAAACAAGUUGUUAAUCAUAGAGCCGAUUUUCUUCAAGAUGAAAUGAAAAGAUCCUGUCUCGGAAAGGAUUUCAUGCUAAUGAAAGUCAACAUUGUCAAGGGACCAAGAGAAAAUCAAACAAUCUAUGAGAACUAUGCUCAUUGGGGAGAUAAUUGUGUCUUCCAUGUGUACGACGCCGGCGUAAUGUCUCUUCAGAAGUGGUGCUUCGAGAAUCCAGCACGUCAUCUGAUCUACGAGCAGAAUAUCACAGAAUCAUUGGUCAAGGGUACUCAGAUGAUUGUUAACACCAAAUGCAAUCUUUUUGAUGAGGAUCCGGAUGACUACUACCGUAACCUUGCCGAGGAUUUUAUCAAAUUCUUCAUUAUCGUCGCGUCGGUUUCUAUGGUUCUAACCAUCAUCAACUGGAUCUUCCGUCGUGACGUCACUGUCGUUGUGAACCAAGUCUCCGAAAAGACCAAAGACGCUGAAGCCAAUCUCAUCGAGAAGCACGCCGAAUGGAAGGCCCGUCAAACGGACGACGUCAACAGCGACAAAGCUCUGCUCCUCGAAAAUCAGGAGCAGAACGAGUCGGCCUGA